UAUAUCGUAGCACGCUAAGCGAGCUACAGUGCGUCAGUCACGCGAUCGUAGCCGACCUCUACGGCUGGGUCUACGUCAGUGCUACAAGCUCCGGCUACGUAAUGUGGUGUUUCCUACUUCUAACCUUCUUCGUCGCAGUCCAAGGGCGCGCGGUGAACAUCAGCAACACAUGGGUUCUGCCGGAGGAGGGUUUCCCAGUGUUCUACCGUUACUUCAGGGACCGCAUCUCCUGGUACGAGGCGGACGCCGUCUGCCAGUUCCAUCACGCCAAUCUCGUCACUGUGGAUACGACUGCUCAAUACGAUGCUGUCAGGGCAUAUCUUAAAGAGCUUGAUAUAUCCAGUGCUGUAUGGGUUGGACUCAUCCGAAGCAACCCAGAUGGAGAUUUUACCUGGACGGACUACCGAGGUUUAAGUGGUGAUGGAUAUUGGAGUGCUGCACCUGAUACUCGUUCUGCUCCUUUGUGUGCUGCUGCCGAUCCUGCUGCUGACUAUCGUUGGGAAGCUCGAGCUUGUGGUGGACCCUCCGUUGCAUCUUUCAUUUGUGAACUACCUGUACCGCAAUGGGCACUUGGUAAUGAAGGCUGCAUGGUACGGGCAUUGCCAGCACUUACGAUUCUUUAUUUACCUGAGAGCGCCGCGGUACAACUAACUGCGGAUUGCGGUUUGGCUGGAGUUAAACGGGUUCAAUGCACUGGAAACGUGAAACGGGAGGACUUGCUUAAAGAGCUAGCAUGUACUGAGGAAGAUCAAACAACUUUAACUUCAAAUGGAACGUCUCCAAUUACAUCGUGGCAAAUGACCACAGAUUCGAUAUUCAACAAUCAAUAUUUUAAUAAUGAAGGUACUGGCACAGAAGAAAAUGUUACCACAGAACACGAGGAUGAUAUAAAUCAAUCAAGUCCUAUUAAAGUUAUAUCUACCUCGUUUACCAUCAUUCCUGAUACUUCUAAUAAAGUUUCCUUAAAACCUUCUGUAACAGAAAAAUUGUUCAAAACACCUUUGCAGAAACAUAUUGAUAUUAUAAGUAAUAAUUAUAUUCAACAAAAUGAAACACCGAAAUUAGUUCACGAUGAUGACUUGUUCACUAAUGAACAAAAUAAUCAACAGGGAAAUGAUAAAAUGUUACAAUAUACAAAAUUGCAUGAUGAACUUGCACGCCUAGGUAAUUCAGAUACUGUAUUUAGUCAACCCACUGACCAUUUCGUUCCUCCUUUGGUUAUGGCUAAGGCAAAAAUAAGCGAUGAUUUGACAGCUUUAUCUAUUAAGGAGAAACUAGCUCAACAACUUUCUGAACAACAAUUGAAGCAUGAGAUUCAACAAGAGUUUACGGCUACUGCUAAUAGUUUUAACAAAGAGCUAUAUAGAACUGAAGCUAUUAACAAUCCAUCAACUACAUCUCUUCCUUUAAUAAACAUCAGUACCUCUUCUAAGGUAAAUAAAAAUAAAGACAAUGAAAAUGAGAAUAUUUCAAUCAAAAAGACCAAAAACAAAUACAUGGAAACUAAACAAAAAAGUUUUAAAAAUGGAGGAACAAAAGCUUUAAACACUAUUUCGUCUGACGAAACAACUCCCACUUUAUCACAAUUGAAUACACAAAAUAAUAUAAUUACUAGCACCAUGGGUUCUAUCACAGAACAUACGCAAGGAUAUCCAACCAAACCACAAUCGAUAGAAGAAACAUCGCUAGAACUUACAGUAAUUUUAAGGGAACCAAAUGAAAAUACAAGCUUUAACGAUACCGUUGUUUCUACGAAUAGACCACUUAUUUCAAAUAAACCACUAAUACAAAAUAAUAUGGCAGAUAAUGAAACAGAAAUACCAACCACGUCAUCACAUGUAUUUCCAUCGUCUACACAAGAGAAUAACCUCAAUGAAGAUAAAUUUAGAGAUAUGAAUGUUUCCAAUGAUAAACAUAAAGAUACGGACAAUUUUUUUUAUGUGACAACUAAAAGUCUUUCUUCCAAUGAUAAUGUCCAAACCAAGGCUAAUGACGAAAGUAAAGAUUUAGCGAUGACAAACUCUCUGUCAGUAUUAUCUCUUAUUAAAAAGUAUAACAAUAGUGCUACUAAUAUAAACUUGACGUCAGAAAACAGUACUAUAGAUGCAUCUGUUACAAUCGAAGUAAUUGAGGAUGCAAAAGCUACAAAUAAAACUGUUGAACCGGAGAGUGAAUUGAAAAUUAACGAUACAAGAAAUAAUUUUUUUAACUUUUCCGAAAACGAGCCUUUUAACGUAACAGUAAAAGAAGGAUUUGACAGCAUCAUAGAUUCCAAUUUUGAUUUAGACAGGAACAUGACUUCAGAUACAGAUGAUUUCCAAUCUCCUCUCUUGUCUGCUGCUAGUGAACCGCUUCCAAAACCAAAUAGAUCCAGGCGAAUUCAACAACAGACACGAAAUAAGUUUAAUCCGUUUCGUAUUUUAGGCUAAAUUCAUAUCCAUAUAUCCUAUGGCGAUCUCUGAAGUCAUGACUGAUAAAAAAACAUCAACGUAAUCUUAUUAUAGGAUGUAUUUUAUAAUCACAAAUUGUGAUAGCACCGUGCACUUAGGUGAUAUUCAUUAUUCAAUAUUAAAAAGUUUCUUAGCAGUUGUAGGUCAAGGUUCAUAUUUAAGUAACAUCAAAGCACUACAUUCUUUAACAUUAUUAUAAAAAUCAUUCAUAAUCUUAUAAUGUAGUCAAUUCUUAAAUAUAGCAUAGCUAUCAAUUAUUAUUAUAUUCUAUACUAAAGAGUUUCGGGUAGCGAAGAGGGAAAAUUAUAGUUGGUUUAUAGAUUAGCUUAUAAAUAAACAUAACUGUGUUUAAGAAUUUCGCCCCUCAAAUCUUUUACUACGUUAAUAUUAACUCACAGUCAUAUCACUCUAGUUAAGUCCUUUUAACGUUUUAUAAAGUCAAAAUAUUUAUGACGACAAAUAUGUUUGCAGAAUUCAUCUGAAAGGAAAUGUUUUAAAGUUCUUUUUGAAGUGAGAUGAAUUCUGCUAAACGUUAUAAGAAGUAUGUGGCUGUUUAACAAUAUGCAUUUACACAAAUAGCUAUUUAUCACAUACGUAGUAAUAAUUGUAUAAGUUUUAUAAAUAAAGUUUGGAACACAUGA